AUCACCACCAAUUACCCAACACACAGCAGCGCCGUUGUCAACACAACAUCAACACAUCAACAGCAGCAGCAGCAGCCAUGGCACCGAUCACCGCUACCAUCGUUCCCCUAGUCACCCUCUUCGUGGGCUCCACCACCGCCUUCGUCACUCCAACCGGCCGUGGAGCCUCGUGGUCCCUCGCCAACCCUCAGCACGCCGUCAGGUCGUCCACGUCCGCCGUAGCGACUCGCCACAACGCUCGCCGCCGGUCGUCGGCAACGCCGGCCACGUCUUCUCUCCGCAUGGUGAGCGAGGUCGCAGAGCAGAGAGCGGCCAAGCUCCGAGAAACCGCGGCCGCCUUCCGCGCGGAAGCUGCCGAGCUCGAGCAGAAGCAGGCGCGGGAGAGACGAGAGAACGCGCAACGAUCCUUCAACACCUUUGACUCGAACAAGGACGGAUCCGUGGACGUCGCCGAGCUCAAGGCCGGGCUCGAGGGCCCGCUUCGUCGGAGCUUCACGAAGACGUUGCAGGCGCGCAUGGGGCGGAAGCCGUCGAAAGAAGAGGUGGACGACCGCAUCGCCGGACUCCCUGGAGGAACCCUGUUCCCCGACGAUCUCGCCCUCAAGCUCAUCCAGACCUACGACCAGAACGGGGACGGGCUGCUGCAGCAGUCGGAGUUCGCCCCCACGGAGGAGCUCAGGACGAGGCUCGAGAACCUCUUCAGCCAGCAGCGGGAGGAGGAGCGCGUGGCGCGUAUGGAAGAGCGCCAGCGCCAGAUGGACGACAGGAUUAGGCCGGACGCGGGGGCGGUGGUUGUGUCUCCCGGUGACGUCAACGACGGCCCGGCCACUACCGCCGACAAGGCGCUGUCCGCGCUGCCGUACAUGCUUCCUCUGGCGGACGGCGUGGUGUUCGCCGCCCACCUGUUCGGCGCGUUCCCGGAGCAGACGGCGUGGGCGCAGCCGCUGGCCGCCGUGCUGCUGGCGCUGCGGUCCGUUCCGUUCGCGACGCUGAUCGGGUUCUUCAGUCUGUCCAUCGGGUCCAGCAACCCGCAGAUCAACAAGCUCGUGAGGUUCAACAUGCAGCAGGCCAUCAACCUGGACAUCGCUCUGAUCUUGCCGGGCGUGGUGGGUGCGAUCACGGGGGCGGUGUUGGGGUCCGACGCGUCCAAGCUGGCGCCUUUGGCGAACGUGGGUUCGGACGUGGUGUUCGUGGCUUUGUUGGCGGCUGUGGCGUACUCCGUUGGCACUUCGGCGACGGGAUCGUUCCCGAACAAGCUCCCAUUGUUGGGGCGGUUGAACCGCGAGAACCCCGACAACCAGGAGGGGGGCGAGGAGUAGAGGAAAUGAAGUAAUGAUUUGGUGGAAUUUGCCGGCAGGGUGCACGUUCUAGCUCCCUUGCCGUUUGUGUACGUGUGUGUGUUGUUGUACAUACAGUUGUGUUUGGUGAUGCUCGUGGGUGGAGAUACUGUAGCACGCGUGUAUGUGUUGUCAUUUGCCCUUGUUCUGUUGUGGCAUGUAACGUUGUAUCUCGUGCUGUUCCCUGCCUUUUUGUGCAUUUGUUCACGGGAGAGAGUAUCUAGGUUAUUUUUCAAUGGUUUUGGCUGUCAUAUUCGUGUCGCGUGGCAUGCACGGACGGCGCAGACUGUGCAGAAGAUAGGGGUAUUUUUUGAAUAGAUCGUGCCGUGAGGCCGGUGCACAUCUUGCUCUCCAACUCUUCAUUGGGUAGGUGUUGCGCAAUGUCUCCAGACCAUGCCCCUCUUCUUGGCAUUCGCUUGAAACGUAGGUGUAAGGUGGCUGGUUCCUCGACGACCGAGUUGCCGUUGAUUAUAUGUUGUCAUAAGCGUCAUCCGAGUUUCCUCGAAUACUGUUCGACGAUGGGGACUCGCAGUUGGAUUGUUGUAGGUUCGGGCCGUGUCAGGGUGAAGUCAAAUGUUGCGCCUUGCGUGAUGCUUGUUUAGACAUCGGUCAGUCAGGAUUUGUAAAUUUUGGGCUUGAACGCUGUCCAUGGCGGUAUGCAAUGGUGUGCGUUGCCUAUCAAGC